CCUUUUUCCUUAGCCCCUACCUUCCCUCACACGCCUUCAUUUCUUCCUCCAUCUCUUCCCGGGCGCCGGAAAACACACAAUGUCUACAGAUCUCGAAUUAAUCUGCUCCAAGAACAAGAUAACGACAAUCAAUAUUCAAACUCCGGAAGAAAUUCAUCAUCAUGAUCAGGUACUACAGCAGGAGGAAAGUAGCAGCAGCAAUGACGAGGAGAAAUGCCGCACACCGACUUCUGUAGAGCACAAGAUCCCUGCAGUUCUGUGCUGUCCACCUGCCCCGCAGAAACCUAGGAGAAGGGUUUCAUGCAAAAGGAAGCUGUCAGAGCUGGAGUUGUUCGAGAUCGUGAACCGAGAUGAGAUGGAUGCAUAUUUCCGAACCGAGUUGGAAUUGUUUCAAAGAGAUCGAAGACACCCGCCAUAUACAUAUGAUCAUGAGUCUUCCUCUUUUCAUUUCAUGGGUAUUCCUUCUCUCAACAAAGCUAAACGAGAUGAAUAAGUGGUUUACAUUAUACGCAUGCAAAAUUUGCAAAUAUUAAUCUGCCAUGAUCCAUAUAGUGUGUUGUGUGGGAUCGAUAUAUACUAUUUAAGUGGUAAUCGUGAAGUGGUCAUAAUUAUUAUAAUUUUUGUACUUUGGUGUAAGACAAUUUGAAUUGAUAUGUACCAAAAAAAAAAAAAGAAAAUUUGUAUUGAUUA